UCUCAUUCAACCUCAACAAACGCACGUGGGUUUUGUGUGUUUUGUUUUGUGGUUAGCUCAGUUACCUAGUUAGAGUAGUGCAAUGUUUUAGUAGUUUACUAAAUAAAAACAAAUGUGACUUUGCAACAACAUAAAAAUUCAUUAUGACGAUUAAAGAAGGUUUAUUACAAUUGCUAAACAACAAUGAUGAACCUCUACCUAAACGACUUAAAAUCGCCGACAACGCGUUCAAAUGCGAUGAAGUACGCAUCGAGCAUCGUGAAUUGUUUCUCUUGAAGUGGUUGGCACAAACAGAAAUAUCUAAUAACAGCUUAACAUCCUGGCAACAAUGCAGUUCUUGGCUAUCUUCAGAUACUUUCAGGGAACUAAAAUCACCAAACUUUACAAACAAUGAUGUUAAACUAUUCCUACAAAGAGUGGAAGAGGAAUUCAAGUGUGAAGAUGUUGAAAUUCACAAUGUAUUGAUAACAGUUGUGUAUUCCAUUGUGGAUUGUAGAAUAUUUCAACACUAUUUCAGAGAAAACUUGAUUGAAUACAUAAAAUUCCUUCAAAAUAUCUUACAAAACUGUGGAAACAGUGAAACAUUGAUAAAUUUGUUGGCCAGACAUGAAAAAUUAUUUGGAAGGAGGUUUACAAUCAUUCCUGACUUCUACAAUUUGUUUAUUCAGGAGUUAUUUCCUUCUUUUGUUCAAAUUUUGAUCAAAUUUCCAAUUACUGAGGGUGACAGAUUAUUUCUACGUUUAUCACAAAUAAUACAAAAGAAUGUAUUCAGUAAAAAGCAAGAUGAAUAUUCGAAUAUACUCACGAAAUUAUGGACAAACACUGAUAAUGAAGAUUUAAACACUGAAAUUCUGCAAGUAUUUCUUCAACUGCUGCAAGUGUCAAAAAAAUGCAACCCAACAUACGUCUAUCAUGCGCAUAUAUUACUCUUCAAUGCAUUUUGUAGAACUUUCAAACAAAAUUCAACUGUUUCUUACUAUUUCUUCGUAUAUUUACUACAAAAUUUAGGAUUUUCUUCUGAUAAACUAAACAAUUCAUCAAAUACAUCCGCGGACUUUAAUUUGUCGUUGAAUGGAUUAAUAGGUCUAUUGGAAAUUAUACAGAUGAAUAAUUUAAAAUUUGAUGUUAAAAUCAAUGACAUAUCUUUUGAGGAUCUUAUCCAAAAACUUCUAUUAUGUAUAAUUAGCAAAACAAAGUCGCCUAUCGACACAAAAUGCUUUGAGAUAAUUGAUUUAAUCAUAAAAAUAAGUCCGUUGACUAUCGAAUCGAUUAUAUCACCGCUUUUGAUUUACUUGAUGUGCUCAAGCAAAGAAAAGUUUGCAACUCAAUACGCAUCUGUCAUGUGCAAUGUAUUUGAUGUGUUUUCGAAACUUCAUCGCUUACAAAAUUUAAUUUCAAAGAUAAUUCGCACUUUGCAACCCGUUUAUGUUGAUGAUGAUAUGACUAAUCAUUUAGAAAGCUUAGAAUUAGACGAUUUUGAUUUUAUCGGUAAAGUUUCAAAGAGUUUGAAGGAAGAAAUCAAUGCAGUUGAAGAUUAUGUUGAAUUGGAUGUUAAUGAAAUCUUGCCAAAUGCAGUUCUUGAAAAGUUUAGCGCUGGUACUGUUGCCAUGGCAACUAAACAAAUGAGUAACUUGUUUAAAACAUUUACAUUCCACUUGGAUGAGUUGAUUGGACAAGAUUUGGCAGAGAAAUCAAAAAAAACAAGCUAUGUGACGUUCAUAGAGGUAAUAAACCGAUUGCUUUGCCAUUAUUUAGAGAAUAUAAAUUUGUCUGGCAGUUUUAAAAUUGCAAAUGUUACCGAAAAACUUGUUAAACACCUUGAUGAAACGCAAAGUGUGCUGGAAAAGUUUGGUAAUUCUUUGGUCGGGAUAGAACAUAAUCAGAAUUUAAUGCGAGUUUUCCUGCAAUUGAGUUACGUCUGGGGUGAAUUGAAAAUAUUAGUGCUGCACAAUGGAGAGUCUUUAAGUGAGGUUAAGGAUUCUGAAGUGAGUUCGUGUAAUAUCACGUGUUUGCAUUCGUAUUUGCCUGCGCAGACGUGGUGUUUGAUUGCUGAACGCAUUUCGAAUUUUGGGGAAGUACUGUGUAAGAAAAUCAUGGAAAAGUUAUGGAUUCAAAAGAUUCGUUAUUUAAUCCUUUCUGGAAUGGAUACAUCCGCAGUAAACGAACAUAUUUCGACACUUGUUAAAACAAUUACACCGAUUGAAGAAUACUAUGAGUAUUUACUGUCGAAUGAGUUUGCUGCGCAUGCAAUUUUGAAUCGUAUGGACGCAAAAUCAUUAGUUUCGAUUGCUGACUGCGUUUUGAAGGAUGCUACUCAAAACACAGCAAUUUUAAAGCGUGUUAUUGAAAGCCGCCAUUUUGUUUCUGCGCUUAUUUACUCCAUGUUAAGAAAAAUGAACAAAAUAUUCAAAAAGGAAGCGAAACAAUUGAAUUGUGAGUUUAUUUCAUGUGCGCUUUUUACACAUUUUGGUGAAAAUCUUCUCCAAGAAGAAAUAAAUGUGGAAGAUAUGCAUUUAAAAGAUUUCUUUGAAAAUGCAAACGAAGCAAGCAAUAAUAUCGAUGCAGAUAAAUUUGCAGGAUAUUUUACUCUCAUAAAACAAUUACCGAUUGUUUUUAUUGAUAAAUCAAUACAAAAUGUAUUGUUUUAUUAUUUAUUGGGAGUAUUUCUUGAUAUUAAGUCUACGAAACAAAAUGGCGACGCUGUCAAUGACUUGGAGCAAAUAUUACUAGGACUGGCACAAAAUAGAAUUCUUGUUCUGGAUGCCUGUCUACCUGCCAAAUUAAUGCUUAAAACAAUAAUAACCAACUUUGACAAGGCACAAGAUCUGUUUAUUCUGUUAAUUCCUAGUCGACACACAGAUGGCAGCAGUUUCAACAAAGCUUUGGAUUAUUUAACGGAAAAGAAGAAUUUGAAGGAUGAUAAACAUAUUAAAUGUUUGCUGGUGCUUAUAAAACAUUUACGCAAAUAUAAAAAGUCACGUGAAUUACUACAAAACGUCAAAACUAAUCUUCAACAACUAUGUGAGUCGUUGUUACCACGAAUUGCAACAUCAAACGAAACUCAUUCGAUUUAUUUGGAAAUUUUGAUCGAAUGCUUGUAUAAUGACAAAGUUCCUGUCGAUGAAAACAUUAAAACAGUCCUGGAGGAAUAUUUAAGUAAAUUAUUCACCCAAGAAGUGGAAAUCAGCAAUGGAGACUUGGAAUUAUUCAAUUUUGCAUUGACAAAUGAAUAUCUUGAUGAUGCAAAAUCAACUAACGAAGUUUUCAUUUCAAAUGUAGCGAAAUCUUUGCUAAAUGUGAAGAUUACAUCAAAUUCUGUUCAUGUUUAUGCUUCUAACAUUGUAAAUGUAUUGCAAAAGAUACAAAAAACUGAAAUAUUCAACGAAUUCUUAACGAAACUACUUCAAAAAGCUAUAACCUCAAUUGACAGCCCCGGGGAUCUUGCACUUGAAAUGCAAGUUUGGCAUCAGAUUCUCAGCUCACCAAUGAAGACUGAAAAGGCAGAAGUCUUCCAGAAAGUUAUCGAAGAGUUAUUAGUGACUUUAUUUAACAAAUUACGCGCUGGCGACGCUGGAAAAGAAAAUAUAUUAAAUAUUCUCAUUGAUCUUGAACUAAAUUUACUACAAAACACGCAGCAUUUAUUAACAUCGACUAGUUUGGACUUAUGCUUCGCCACGAUAACACAGCGCAUGCACCUGUUGGACAAUUUUGAGCUGUCAUACAAGCGCAGUAUGGAAAUGCUUGAAGCAAUGUUGAAAUAUCGUCAAGCAUUGAUCAGUGACCGUCUGUCUGUGUUCCUACAAGAAUAUCGCAUGCUGUUGUCCGCUCUAUGCGCGCACAGCGACACUGCAAACAAACAAUAUGAUGACAAACAUUUCGACAAGAUGGCCGAAUUGGCACAUGCGCUGGAAAAGUUAACGAUUAACUUGUGUAAACUACGUGAACACGUCGCUAGCGUCGCUAUUUACCUAAUUGCUGAUAUUCUUAAGGAAUUCGAAACGAUUGCAAUCUAUCCUGCGGUCAAGUUGGCACUAAACAACUGCGUGUAUAACCUAAUCGCGCUAUGCAACCAACACGGCAUCUCAUGCUUGAUGCGCGCGCUUAGCCCCGGCUCAACGGAGAUGUUCAAGAUGGCGUACGACAACUACAAGAAGUACCAUCGAUUCACCGGUAAAGUGUGAUCAAAUUCAUCUCUGAGUGUGUGGAGAGUGGUAGAAAGGUAAAUUGAUUGUUCAUUGU